AUGGAAGGUCAAUAGUAGCAACAGCAACCACAAGUCAUGGUAGGACAGCAGUAUUAGGAAUAAUUCUAGCAGUAAUUCGAUCCUGCACUCAUGCAACAGUAAUUCAUGCAAAUGCCAAACGUGAUGAUGGGCGAUUAAAUGAUGCCAAAUGGUAUGAUGCCAUUCAUGCCCCCUUAUUAAGGACAACCAGCUUAUGGUGGCUAUAAUCAAUACCAAAUGCCACAACAAUAUAUGAUGCCUUAAUAAAUGGGAGGAUAUCAAUAGAACAACUACGGUAGAGGUGGUUAUAAUAAAGUGAACCCACAAAAAUUCAAAACUGUACUAUGCAGACACUUUGAGAAUAAUGGAUCUUGUUCAUUAAAUGAUAGGUGCUCUUUUGCCCACGGUUCUCACGAGAUCAGAGGCUUCACCGAUGUAAUAAAAUUGGACAUUAAUCUUUCCGUAGCCAUUACCGUAGGAAGCAAUGCACAGCAGACCACACAACUCUUCAGGCCAUAACAGUGGUAACUAUAAGACAGCCAAGAAAUUGCAAAUACGGAGAUAAUUGCUCAUUCGCCCAUGGAGAUCAUGAGGUCAAUAAAAAAGCAUAAGAAUUCAAUUACUAACCAAGCUAUAACAACUACAAUCAAAAUUUUCUCUAAUAGCAUGAACAACAGCAGCAACCCAAUACUCAAUGAUGGAAGCCGAGAUGAGAGCCAUCCUUGA